GCAUCCGUUCACGGCCGCCAACGGUAAAACGUAUAUUCCCGCUGCCUGUCACACAAUGUCUAGAGAGGACAAAGAAAAUUUUCUGAAGGUUCUUCGAAAUGUUAGGGUCCCGGACGGAUACGCUUCGAACAUUUCACGAUGUGUUCGGCUCAAGGACCGUACAAUUUCUGGCUUGAAGAGCCAUGAUAGCCACAUACUGAUGCAACAGCUUCUUCCAAUUGCACUGCGUAAGUCAUUGCCUGAUAAAGUGGUUAGACCUCUUGUGGAGAUUUCUGCAUUUUUUAGAGGCAUAUGCUCAACAAAGCUAUCACAAGAAGAUAUGGACCGACUGCAGGGUGACGUCUGUAUCACUUUGUGCAAGCUAGAACAGAUAUUCCCUCCAGGGUUUUUUACCAGCAUGGUCCACUUGGUUGUGCAUCUUGUGCGCGAGUGUAGACUAGGCGGACCCGUGCAGUAUAGAUGGAUGUACCCGGCAGAGAGGAGUCUGGGGAAUUUCAAAAAUAAUGUGCGCAAUAAAGCAGCUCCUGAGGGGUGCAUUGCGGAGGGGUACAUAGCGACCGAGCUGGUAACGUUCUGUUCAAGGUAUCUGAAUAACGCACCAACAUUCCACAACAGACCUCAGAGGAAUCCUGAUGGAUCCAAGGGAGCGGGCACGCGUGUUACCAUGAACCGGUUGAUAAUGCACCAGAUUCAUCGUUAUAUUGUGUUCAACUCUGAAGAGUUUCACAAUUUGCGGACGAUGCACAAAGACGCGCUUAGGCGAUCAUGCACUAGGGGUCGCAUUACGGAGGCUCUUAUUGAAGCACAACAUCAUGAGCAGUUCUGCGAAUGGUACCGUGCAUAUGUCGAUGGCCUGGACGAUCAACGUAGGGAGGAAUUGGGCCACAAGUUGGUUAUGCGUUGUAGAGGGCUAAAGGAGACAGCGGUGAAGUACAACAGGUACGUGGUAAAUGGAAAAUUAUUUCGCACGCUUGCUCAUGAUGUGGGAAGGAGGACUCAGAAUAGCGGCGUCUGUGUUCCUACCGUUGAAGGCGAAACGUACUACGGACAGUUAACCGAUAUAUUUGAGGUCGAGUACUAUGACAGGACUACGUACGUCUUAUUUAAGUGCAAUUGGGCAGACCCCACAAUGGACAGAGGAUUCACAAUAGACGAGUAUGGCCUAGUGUUUGUCAACUUCAAUCACCUCGUCCACAGGGGAGAACAGAUUCAGGACGAGCCGUACGUGCUUACAUCUCAGGUGGAUCAAGUAUUCUACGUAGAAGAUGGAAGGAACCCAAAUUGGGUUUGUGCGGUUAGGACCAAACCGCGCAACGUGUACGACGUUGGACAGGGGGAUGGGAGUAAUGAGGAUGGUACAACCUACCAUGAGUGCGUACCGCUCGUACUAGCCACUGCUGACCUACCAGAUACGAAUGACGAAUUCGAGUACGACAGGCCCGACGUAGAUCCUAUUGAAGCUCCCGUGAUACAAUGAUUGAUGUAUUUGUUGUAUUGAUGGACCAGAGACCCCCUCAUUAUGCGUAUCGGGCACCUAGCCCACCCGUGCCCCCCAUGACCACGCCCACUGUUUCGACG